GUCCUUUGAGCGACCUUGGCGGAAGGUCAAUGGGGGCGAAUACUUCGAAUACACUUGAUCAGUCCGAGGUUGAGGAAAUUGCACAAGAAACUGGAUUUUCUCCAAAACAAAUUUAUCGAUUGUACAAUAGAUAUUUGGCUUUGGACAAGACGAACGCCGGGUACUUGAGGCGUCAUGAUUUUCUAUUAAUUCCAGAAUUAGCCAUUAAUCCACUUGGCGAUCGAAUCGUGAAUGAAUUUUUUAAAGAUAGUCAAGGUGAAUUGAAUUUUCGUCAAUUUGUACGUAAACUAGCAAGAUUUCGUAAAGUUCGACCACAACAAUCUACUCAAUUUAAUAAUCGUGAUGCAAAAUUACGUUUUCUAUUCGGUAUGUAUGAUUUAGAUAUGGAUGGUAAAAUAUCAAGAAAUGAAUUAUUGGGAAUGUUACAAAUGAUGGUCGGUGCUAAUAUUACUGUUGAACAGAUCAAUAAUAUCGGUGAACGAACAAUGGCUGAAGCGGAUCUUGAUGGUGAUUGCUAUAUAUCGUAUGCGGAAUUUGUACAAGCAUUUGAUAAUGUGGAUAUUGAACAAAAGAUGAGUAUACGCUUUUUGGAAUGAUUACAUUAAUCGAUUUAUAUAUCUAUCUCUAUGCUUUCCCCCCCCGUCUCUGUUUUUUUUUAUACAAACCCACAAAAAAGUAUUCGCAACAAUUCCAAUUAUAUAAACAAAAUCAUUUCUUAUUUUCCUUAAAUAUUUCAUUUUCAUUAGUGAUUUUGUUGUUGUCGUUCAAUUUUCCUUUCUGUGUUCAUUUGAUUUACAUAACACUCAACUGUUCACGUACAUAAAUAUUAUUGUCUUGACCUGAUGAUCAACGUUUUAGUUUCUCUCUUUUUUUGAAUAGUUCGUUAUGUGUAUGUUACUGCACUUGUUAAUUAUCCUCAUGUGAAUAUACAUGGAGAAAGGCAGGCAUGAGAUUACAUGCAUACUAUACAUAUCUCUUGUGUGAGAUCAUUCUAUAUUAUAUAAUUUUGUAAAAACAAUAGUUUUAUGUUUAUCUACUUAUUUACAUUUCAGUAGUAUAUUUUUGUCUAUCUCGAUUUUCAACGCCAAUAUCUACUUUUCACUCUCUUUCUCUCUGUAACAGUGAAUAAUUAUUGAUUUUUUUCAAAAGACCUUGAUGAUUAUGUUUUUGGUUAUUAUUAUUAUCAUUAAUAAUAAUUCUGAUUGCAGUGAUUGGAUCUGAUUUAAAACUGCCAC